GCGCGGCAAAUAUACCGUUAAGAACCGGCUAGCGACGCGUGUGGAGUCAGAAUAUCGACAUUCAAGUAACUGCCUUCUACGUGAGCGAGUGAGUUUUAAGCAAAUAAAAUGUCUGUAAUACCAAUAUCAAAUCCGGUAGUCCAAUCGUAUAUUUUAUAUUCGGCGAUAUUAGCAUUAAAGUUAAUAUCUGUAUCGACUUUAACAUCACUAGUGCGGAUGACACGAGGGGUUUAUUCAAAUCCAGAAGAUGCUAAGGCUUUGAGAGGCAAAGUUAAAUUAGACGAUCCAGCUGUAGAAAGGACUCGGCGCGCUCAUCUCAACGACUUGGAGAAUAUUCCAGCAUUUUGGAUACUCGGAGCUUUGUACGUGACAACUGGACCGGUGGCAGCGUGGGCUACACUACUCUUCAGAGUGUACACAGUGAGCAGAAUUAUACAUACAAUUGUGUAUGCAGUGGUACCUCUACCGCAGCCGACGAGGGCUAUAGCUUACAUAAUUCCCACUGUUAUCAUGUGGUAUAUGGGUAUUCAAGUUGUGUUAUAUUACAUGAGCGCCUUGUAAUUGUAAUUUUGUUAACUAUGGUUA